GCUUCGUCUUCUUCGAUUUCGUACAAGACAUAAGCAUCGAUAGGCCUCCCAGCAUGCGUCCACUUAUGAGGCCAACAACACAUUCUGUUUACGGAUUCAUCUUCCAGCUUCAAUUACUGAGCUCAUGGGGUGACGAGUUCUACAUUGGUCUAAAUGGCAUAGAUUUGUUUGAUAGGCGUGAUGAAAGGAUCAAAGUUGGGCCACAUAAUCUGGCUGCGUUUCCUGAAAGUGUAAAUAUUCUGCCAUCAGUUGAAGGUGAUCCAAGAACUAGCAUGAACUUGAUAGACGAUUUGGCUGCCUUCCCGGAAAGUGUGAACAUUCUGCCAUCAGUCGAAGGAGAUCCAAGAACUAGCAUGAAUUUGAUAGACGGCUGUAAUGACACCCAAAGUAUGCGAAAUUUUUUGCAGGUUUCGGUGGACGAUCAAAUUGUGUACUCCGGUGAUGUGCCAGCAAGCACACCAGAAAAGACGGGAAUUUUAGAGAUCAGUUUUGCAAGCACAUGAUU